ACAGUGUGAAGAAAUAAACGGUAAUUAAUUAACAACUAGGAGUAUUACUUUUGUUAUUUUACUUGCAAGUAGGGUAGAAAAAUGGGUAUAAAAUGAUGGAAGAGACACACAAAGCUAGAGAAAAAGAAUAAGACGAGAAAAGUCAUGGAUUAUAGUUUACUUAUCCCCACCAUUCUUAUUACUGUUCUCAUCACCAAGUUGUUACUCCGACUCUAUCAAUCCAACAAAAACCUUCCGCCGUCGCCACGUCUCUGUUUUCCGAUCAUUGGUCACCUUCACCUCCUCAGACAACCGUUGCUUCACCGCACUCUCCUCCGUCUCUCGCACUCCCUCGGCCCCGUAUUCUCUCUCCGCCUAGGCUCUCGCCUCGCCGUUAUCGUGUCGUCUCCAGCCGCAGCCGAAGAAUGUUUUUUGACGAAAAACGACAUAGUCUUGGCGAACCGGCCUCGUUUCAUCAUGGGCAAGUACGUCGCUUAUGACUACACCUCCAUGGUAACGGCUCCUUACGGUGACCACUGGCGAAACCUCCGUCGCAUCACCGCCUUGGAAGUCUUUUCAACGCAUCGACUCAACGGCUCAGCAGAAAUCCGACAAGACGAAGUUAAGAGGCUUCUGCAAAAGCUUCACGGUUUAUCCGUCCAACGCCCGGCUAAAUGUUUACUUUUUCAGGUUACGGUUGUGGAAAUCAAUCGCCACCUCCAAAGCUACCUUACUCCUCCGGCGGAAACAAUCCGUUGUACGAUCAUCAACUUCCUCUUCUUAUGAUGUGCCCUACGAUGAACCAAAGCCACCAUCCUCAUCCGCGCCACCGUCUGCUCCAUCCUACGGCAAACUGGCUCCUUCUUCUCUGCACACUCUCCAAUUUAUAGGCUUGAGGUGGUUUUCGAUCCGCAUGGAAUGGGAAGGGAGACAGAGAGUUGGAGAUUGUGAAUGUUGAACGAUAAGGGAGGCUAAGAGUUGAGAAAAUAUAUCGUCUGUUUGCAGAUUAAAAUCAGCAAGAAGACGGCAAAGUAAUCUGCUAAACCCAAUUGUGACGGCCCAACAACGAAACACAGCUAUUAAAACCCACGAAACAACAGUUAAAUGAAACGUAGAUAUAAAAUGCGUUUAGACACGUGUCGACACCUGAUGAACCCAUUUAGUGACGUGGCAAGAGGAGAAGGGAGUCCCCUUUUCUUUAUAGUAUUAGAUAUUUAUUGAUAUACACACGUAGUUGUAUUGUAUUGUAUUAUAUACUUACAUAAUAUGAGAAACUAAUAAUAAAAUAAAUUUUAAUAAACUUGUAACAUAUAUAAUAUAUCUCAUGUAGUUUUAUUAGUUAAUUAUAACUACUUUUAUUAGUUUAAAAUUUA